GCAGAGAAAGACAUCAAAAAGGUUAGCAUGAAUAUUGCACACCACCAUGCAGGGACUUUGUUUUGAAAUAUUUAAGGAGGGGGAAAGCUCUGAGAAAGCAGUCCACAAACUACUCUUUCAGAGUCUGCUUCUCUUUGAGGGGGUUCUUUCUCCCCACAGUCCCCAGGUGCUACAUUAUAAAGCAUCUUAAUUAAAAAGAAAAAGCCAAAAUAAACCCAAAGAACAGCUGAGGCCAGAAAAGAAGGUCAUAGUAGAGGAGAGGGUGAGUUUUCCUCUCGUGUCAUCACAGUGUUAAACAUUUGAGAGGAUCACAAUAAUCAGACACACUAACCUGCUGUUGUGAGCUGAUGCGUUGUAAAUAAAAGUGAAAGGAAUCAACGAAUGCCUACGUUAAAUUCCAUGGCACAUUUAAAAUGAGUAAAAUGGGAACAUUUUCCACAUUAGGAUUAUCCUCUGGGGACCACGAACAGCGAUACGACAAUCUGGCCGCCAGUUGUUCAGAGCUUUUGCUGUAGAACAAACAGUUAGGCAGAUGGUCUCGCCAACUGAAGCACAUUUCAGCUCCAGUGUCAGAUAUUCAAGAUACUCUGACAUAGACCAAAGUGCUGCCCAAAGGGGAAAUAACGAUCAAUAACACUAUGAUGUCUCCACAUUAACUCGCUGGCAUGGAAAACAAAAUCAAAGCAGCCAAAUUUGCUAACAUAUAAAGAUUGAUUUGUCUGCACUGUGCACUUUUCCCUUACAUACACCACAGAUUUUUAGCCCUCCCUCUCUCCUGUCAGCAGUGAGGUGAAGCUUUAAUCCAGCAGCAGCGGCGAGGAGGACACACCGAUCUCUGCUUCAGUACUGAGGUUCGAAAUCUCCACAGCAGCAGGCAGCAUCAGAGCGCUGACACAAGAAAAGAUUUUUAAAUGAGUGAUGAGUGAUGAGCAACAGCAGCAGCAUCACGGGAUAAUCUGAGCAAACACCAACAUGUGCUGGCACAGGUCUCCCGGUAAGUUUCCAUUUUAUGCUUUGAAUAGACGACGGUGGUCGUACCUGUUACUUGUUACAGCCAAUAGUUAUAGAAAUGUAAAUAACAAGAUGCUUUCUAUGACUCCUCUGAAAAACCACAAGAUUUCUUUACAGUCGUGAAAAUGUGACAAAAAGAAAACAAAAUGAAACCUGUGAGAUUAACUUUGUCUGAAAAGUACCAGUAUUUAGGAGGGUUUAAAGCAUCAACAGGCUUUUUUAAAAGUGAGCCUGCAGUGAGCACCAAACCCAUCCUGCACUGGUUAAGGGCAGGUGAAUACUUUGAAUCAUUUUUACAUUUGGGUGUCAUUUUAUUCAAUGCACGUAAAAUAUUAUUCAAUACUGAAGAUUAUUUUGUUUUAAAAAAUCUAAACUUAAACUCUUGCAAUCGUUAAAUAUGUCAGCAGGUGCUUUGGGUCAAAGUGUGAUUUUAUAAAAUAAAUUCAGGAUUUAUUAAAAUAUUGAAAUAAAAAGCUUGUAAACUGACAGCUCAGAAAAAUAAUUUUCCAUUAUGUAAUUUGCAUCAUCUGUGCAUAAUCUCAGCUCCCUCCCAGCCCUCUGUUCCAGAUAAUUCUUUGUACAAUGCUUAUUAUCCUCUGACAUCGCUUUGUUUCCCCCUUGUUAUGCUUUAUAUAACAUAGUGAGGAUCGGCUGUGUGGUCAUGACAUUUUUCAUUAUGCUAAGCUCUGUGCAUACUGCAAAUGGGAGCAGGAUUUAAAGUCAGGAAGUAAUUAUAGCUUUUAUUGAAACUAUAAAUUGGUGAGUUUUUGGAUGCGUUUUCCCCCACUUACAUCAGAACGAUGCUAAGACCUAAUGCUGCUUUUCCACCAACUAUUUAGAACCACUUCCAUUCACUUGUUUAAAAAAACAAAACAAAAAAAAAAGCAUAACAAAACACUGACAUUAAACACCUGAGACAAAAUCUGGAACCACUGAUGACAGCGACCAAUAUCACCAUCAAAAGUACAGUCACAAAGAUGCUAUAAGCAUUAAAUAAAGAACAGCCACUGAUAUCAACCUUUACAUUUUUAGUUAUUAUAGAUCAAAGUGAAGCGGAUAUGUUAUUCUAUAACCCUUAAAGGCACAGCAGUGGCAGUGCAGUUGGCGCAUGUGUUUAACUGCUAAUUGUACACAAAUAAAAUGUUCAUGGGUGAGUGUAUGAGAGGCAGGCCUCAUUAUUCAUAAAUUCUUAACUUGGAUCAUGUAUGUGGUAAGUCUCUAGUAUUUCUCCGGCAUAUUAUUAUCGUUUUAAUUUUUUUUUUUUUAAUUUAGUGCACACAUUUUUUUCGUUUUUAGCCUCCAUAUUAUAAACCUAGUUGAGACAUAAAUGGGGGCUCAUCCGGGAUCUUUGGGACUCUUCUGAGGGGACUGAACAUCAGGGUUUUUUUUCUAGAAGGUGCGUGAAGCUGACUAUGUCUUCCGUGUGAGCAAAUUCAAGCAUUUCAGCUCUUUGGAUGUGCUGCCUCCACUAAAACAUUUACUUACUUUGUUUACUUAUUAUUUAACGCUGUCUCGAGCCUUGGAUGUCUCUUUUUGUGGAAUAACUAAUGGUUGCUACUUAUUUUCUAAGGAGUAACUGGAUUAAGAGUUUGAGAAUCACUUCUCAAAUCUGGUUAAAAGUUUCUUGCUUCUUAAAGGGAACAAAAGUGCUGAUUGGUGGAAAAAAGGGAAAUGGGUUCAAAAAACAUGCAAAAGAAGGAGCCAAAAUUAACAGUAAAAUGCGAAAGCUUCUGUUGUGCAACAUAACUAGGAUGGUGAGUUAUAUAAAUGUUAUGAAUCAUGACCAAAUGGCUCACUCCAAGCCAGGAGAAAGCUUAUUAUUGAUGAAGUCUUCUUAUAUUAGUUCUUAGUUAGGGAAAAAGCACAGAAAUACCUCACCCUGACAUCUCAAAUUAGUCCUUUCAGUGUCUCACUGUGUUCCCAUCAUCCUUUUUUUCCAGCUCAGUUUUACAUCGCAAGCAUCAGACAGCUGCAGUAACUGAGGAUGCACUUCAUUCCUGCCGACUCCAUCUUCUCACAAUGGUAAUUGCAAUCUACAACAUCUCCUCCACCUCAGCCAGGGUGAGCUGGCCGUCCUCCCCCACCUGCAUUGACACCUUCUACAGCGUCAUGUACGACCCCAACUGGAACAGCCUGUUCAUGGGCUACAAGCGCAAAAGCUUCAUGUAUGAGGAUCGUAUCCCUGUCAGUCAGACCAGCACACACCUGGCCAAUCUCCUCCCCCAGACUGCCUACUUCUUGUGUGUGACGUGUCAGGCUGCCAAUCCGGUGCGGGAACAAUGCCAAGUGUUCAGCACUCUGAGCGACAGCAGCGAAGGUCACGACAGAGCCGGCUGGGAGCUGGCCAUGGCCGUCUGGCUCAUCUGCUGCAUCUUGCUCCUCGUCAUCGCCAGCAUCCUGUUGUGGAGCUGUCUUAACACCAUCUGUAUCCUCCCCGGCCGGGCUGCGGCCGGACACCCAGUGGUGACCAACUCAACCUGCCAAGACAUGUCCACAUCUGGAGCCCUCUACACUCCGAGAAGCAGCAGCCAGGACAGCAUCAAACUCUCCAACAUCAUGCAACCGCCCCACCUCUCAGUGCAGCCUACGGGUCACAUAAUUACCCAAGACCAUGAGUUGAGGACACUGGCUAAGCUGUCUGGCAGCGAGCCAACAUGAAUCAACUGGAUUAAGGUCAUCACAGCAUUGUUUAGAUUCAAUUGUCACCAAGUAUUUCAUCCACUCACAAAAUCCUAUUUGUGUGUUUUUUCCUCAGAGGAAACAUUUCAAACAUAUUACUGCACCUUUUCACCACACACGCGCACACACACCAUUUCAAAUAAAAAGAUUUAUGCUUUUUAAGACCUAAAAAAAUUACAAUAGCAAAAAUCAAAUAUCAUUAAUAUGGAACUCAUUUUUUUUUGGCACUGAGAAAAAUUUGUCUAUGUAGAAAAAAAUCUGUCAUUUAACGCAGCGGUCCCCAACCUUUUUUGCGCCACGGACCGGUUUAUGCCCGGCCUUUAAGGUGUCGCGGAUAAAUACAACAAAAAUAAAACUAGUAC